GAAUAUUUAUAGAACAACCAUAAUAUAAAUAUCUUUUAAAUGUCUGAAGGCAUUCAACAAUUAAGCAAUUGUUCCCAACAAAAUGUCGAGAUAAAAUUGGAUAUUUUAAGCAGUGAUGAAUUUGAAGAUGAACUAAGAACUCUGAAAGGAGUUUUUACUUCAUCAUAUGGCCCAACAGGACGGACAAGUUAUAUUCAAAAUGUACAUGGUGGUCAUGUGAGAGUAACUUCAAGCUCAAGUCAAAUACUUAAUAGUAUUACAACAGUUUCAAGUCCCUUAAUUCAAUUGUUAUUGAAGUCAAUCCAAGGUCAAAUCAACCAAUUCAGUGAUGGGGGAAUUUUUGUUGCACUUUUGACAAUACAAUUGAUUGAAUCAUCACUAAAAUCAGGCCUCCCAAGACACACAAUUAUAGCUUUAAAUGAUAUUGCUCUUAGUAUUAUUCUACAAAAUGUCGACUAUUUAUCAAUCAAAGCGGAUUUUAGCAAUAUUGAGCAAAUGCUUUGUGUAAUAAAAACAAUCCUGCUAUCAAAACCUGUCAUAGGACUUUCAACUGAUGAAACACAAAAACUGGCUGUCACUUUGCUUCAAGGAUUUUUGAAUUGUGUUCCAUCAGAGAAAGGUGGUUCAUUUGAGUUGGAUAACUUAAGAAUUCAAACUUGCGAAGGGCCAUCAAUUGAGAAGACAUGUAUAAAUCAAGGCAUUUUGUUGGAAUUAUGUUGUCCGAAGUAACUCCUAUCAAUACAGAUGACAAUGGGAUAAAAGUUGCACUUUUUGAUUGCUCUCUGGCAGGCAAUGUGGAAGAUGGUUGGCCAAAAGGAGGAGAAAUAGAAUUGCUCAAUGACACAUCUUUUAAAAUUGAGGAUGAUGUAUUAAGACUUAUGAUGAAAAUGGUUGAUGAUAUGAUCAAGCAUCAUGUUCAACUUGUAGCAUGUCAAAAAAUAAUUCAUCCAACACUUCAACAUUACAUAACU